AUGAGAAGCAGUAAGAAGAAGAGCAAGACUGAAACCGCUAAAACUCCAGCAAAAGAGCAAGUGCCGAAGAAGACAACAGAGGAGGAAGGCGGGGUGCGUUCAAGCGAAAGAGCAGCAACACCAACAACAAAAACAACACCAACAACACCAACAGCAAAAACAACACCAACAACACCAAGAACAAAAACAACACCAACAUCACCAAGAACAAAAACAACACCAACAUCACCAAAAACAACAUCAAAAAGCAAAAGGAGGUCAACAGCAAGUUCGAAGAAGUUGCUUGGCUGUACUAUCCAAAAAGUUUCUUGGCUUCUAAUAGUCGUCAUCGCUUUAAUUGUUAUCGCUGCACUCAUCACACUGUGCUAUUACCUUUAUCGAAAAUAUAAGGAACCUACCAAUACUGGGAGCACUGAAUGCGACUGCAUAUGUGAUAGACCAGACCUAAUGACACCACACCCUCCACUAAUUGUCAUAUCGCUUGAUGGUUAUGCGAAGAAGUAUUUGUCGAGGAAGUUACAACCAACCUUUGAGAAAAUGGCACGAUGUGGAGUAUCAGCUCAAGCGGUUUAUUCCGGCUUUCCAUCCAUGACAUUUCCAAAUCAUUACACGAUGGCAACGGGAUUCCACCCGGGUAACCAUGAAAUUGUUCAUAACACUAUAUAUGAUCCAAGUGUGCAUCCAAAAACUAAUUACCUAGGGAAAAAGCCACUUGAUGGUUACUUCAAAAAGGAACCGAUUUGGUCCUAUUACAAACGAUUUUGGAAGCGCAAGGCUGCUGCAUAUUCAUGGAUGGGCGCGCAACACAACAGCACACUCUACCUGCAACCGGAUUACCUGAUACAAUUCAAUCCAGACAUGACCCCAGGUGAACAGCUUAUGCAGAUAGUGAAAUGGCUUAGGAUGGAUGAACCUGACCGCCCAGGAUUGAUCAUGGUGUAUAUUAUGGAACCUGAUUUCACUGGGCACAGAACUAUGGGCCCAAUGCUUAGUAAAGUGCUGAGCCACCUCGACCAACAUCUCGACCUACUAAUGCAAACUUUAAAAGAAGAUGGGAUAUUGUGCUGUGUAAAUUUGGUCGUAAUUUCUGAUCACGGAAUGGCUGCCAUAAAAAAUGCCGUUGUUCUUGAACGCUAUUUCAACCUUAAAGGGAUGACUAUAAUAAGUGGUGCACUAGCACAUAUUUUCAAAGGAAACUCAACACUAAGCGAUAAAGAAAUCACCAAACGUUUGACGUGCAAAGGAACCGACCGUGUUCGUGUUUUUACGAAGUUGACAAUGCCUCUACGUCUCCAUUACUCCAACUCUAAAAGAAUCGGAGAUUUAGUCCUGGUUUCUAAAAAGGACACGAGAAUAGUGAGCACUCAAAAGGGAUUAAAGAGGCGCACAAAACCUAAUCAACACGGCGUCGACUACAUAGAUACAGAUAUGCAGACAAUUAUGUUCGCCCAAGGACCAAGCUUCAGGAAGAAUGUCAGCCUUCCUCCUUUUCAUAUGCUGCGCCAGACGUCAGGAUGUUUCUUCACAGAAUUGCUCAAGCUUCCCUCUAUGAAAAAUGACGGUGUGAACGCUUUUAUGGAUCUGGCUCUAAACACACGUCAACGUCAACAAAAACAUAAACGAGUAGAUUACCCAGAGAUACGAGCAUGUGCUCUCCCUGAAUUGUCUUCCACAAAAACACCGAACCGGAGAAUGUGUGGAAAAUGUUUAUCACAAGAUGAAGAAGUGCUCAAAAAUUGGAAUAGCUGCACUGCUAGAGGACUUUCUGGAACAAUAAUACUGCAUUCGGAAACAGAACAUUUAUGCAAACUUUCAUUCUGCAAAGAUAUGGUAAUAAUCGAAAGCUCAACAAAAGAAGUAUUUAGUACCACACUGUUCGAAAUCUACAAUAAAGACGGCGACGAGCAACUUCUCAGUAAUGAUUGCACUUAUCAUAUGAUAAAGAAAUCUGGUACCUGUGGUCAAUUUUCCACAACCAAAAACAUGCGUUUGGAAACACUUUCCGCGUUUCCUGGUAGAGUUCUGGCCAAUGAACGGGGGCUUUUUGUUCCUUGGAAGCGAAGGUUUUCGAAAGAAAUCCUGAAGCCACUUAACGAAUACACGAGGAGAAUUGUGACUAAGCUUGGGAGGGUGAUCAGUAUUACUGGAACUGCUUACGACCAUGACUACAACGGGAAACAUUCUGUGGAUUCUUCAAAAACCCAUUAUCCCACCCACUUAUUCCGGAUGCUUCUCACAUGCAGACGUGAAUGGUCUGAUGAUGGUACCUACUGUAAACAAGCAAGUGACACUAAAGUUCUUUCCUUCGUGCUCCCACACAUGGAUGGUGACAUCAAUUGUAUGAGCGAAUAUGAACUACUCCUACAAUACACCGCUACUGUUAAAGAAGUUGAAACCGUAUCAGGACUAUUUUUUAAUUUCACGAAAAUACCUGAACUUGACCAAAUGCUAUUGAAAAUGCACAUAAGUGCCACAUUAUGGUAG